GAGAGAGACAGAGAGAGAGAGAGAGAGAGACAGAGGUGCAUGUGGAGCAGAGGGGUUGAGUUUUUAUUUCUGGGUUUGGGAAUCAUGAAACACAGUGAACAAAACCUACAAGAGAAUCCAUCACCCAAACAUGGAAAACCUUAGGAAUCCAGCAUCCCCCUAGAUUCACCAUCUUUUAUGUUCUCUCUGAUUCGUGCUGCUGCGUUUGGCGUGACACUUGCAUGGAAUAUGGGAGGCUGAAGACCACAAACACUUCCUCUCUACCUCUGCUACUUAGCUUCACAAUCCCAUCUUCAAAAUCCCAAGAGGAAAGCACAAGCUGUCUUUCAUGGAGGAGAGUAAGGGAUGCAGAAAACCAAACCACACCCACAAAUCUCACCCGCUUUACUGUUUAUUCUCCCUCUUCCUUUUCUCAGUCUGCUUAUUGGUUGGCAUCAGCUGCACAUGUCAACAAGAUUUUAGGUUUCUACAGUAUGCUAAAGCUGCGGAUGGUAUUUGUUCUCAGGAAACUGCCCAAAAUAAUGAGGUGGCUGUACCCAUUGACAUCCAAGUACACGGUUUAAGCUUGGGCAGGAGAUUGUUCAGUGGCCCAGGAUCUUCACCGCCACGGUGCAUCUCAAAAUGCGGCGACUGCACGCCCUGCAAGCCUGUUCAUGUGUCGGUGCCACCCGGAACACCGGUCACGGCGGAGUAUUAUCCAGAAGCAUGGAGGUGUAAAUGUGGCAAUAAGUUGUACAUGCCAUGAUGCUCUUAUAAUUUUGUUUGGUCGUGUAAACAUAUGAAUAAUGCUAUUGCAUAUGACGAUGGAGAGGCUAUUGCUGGUUUUACUGUGAUAAUAUUUUUCCUUU